AUGCCCUCGAGAACCCUUGCAGCUGCUAAUGAGAUCAGUGCUCCUGGUUAUAAAGCGAACAAAGACCGCAUUACCGUCUUAUGCUGUGCUAAUGCAUCUGGAGAACAUAAACUCAAGUUGGCUGUCGUCGGAAAAUCAAAAAAUCCUAGAGCUUUUAAACACCUGAACACUCUCCUACUUCCGGUCGAUUAUUACCACCAAAGGUCAGCUUGGAUUUCACGAUUAAUUUUCGAAAAUUGGUUCACCCAAAAAUUUGUACCUUCAGUUCGAGAUUUUCUUUCGGCGAAGAAUAUGCCUCAAAAAGCUCUUCUCCUUCUGGAUAAUGCUCCUUCGCAUCCCAAUGAGGAGGUGCUUGAAUCUGAAGAUGGUAAUAUUUGUGUAAUGUUUUUUCCACCAAAUGUGACCUCCAUCGCCAAACCUAUGGAUCAAGGGGUGAUUGAAACUAUGAAACGACUUUACAGAAGGAAUCUAAUGACCAAUUUGAUCGAUGACUCUGAUUUGCUGUCAUUCUGGAAAUCGUUUAAUAUAAAAGAAGCAAUUUACGCAGUCGCUUGCGCAUGGAAUGGAGUGAAAAGUCAAAUCAUCGAACGCGCGUUCCAAAAAAUAAUGCCAGCAACAGAUGACAUCGAGGUCCAGAAUGAUACCUCGGAUAUAUCUGAGAAUACUCUUUCGCCUGAAGCUUUCGCAGCAGUUUUUCGAGAAGUUGACGGAUCAGCAGAUUUCGAAGAAACCGAAAUCCACUCGUGGUUACAAUGCGAUAAGAGUGUUUCGGGACAUCAAGUUUUCACAGACGAAGAGCUGGCACGAGAAGCUCUGCAACGAUUGGAUUCAACCUCUAUGGAAUCAGAAGCAGAAGAUGGAUCCGAGUGUGGAGAAAGUUUGCCCACAGUUACGCCAAUAACUCACAGAGAAGCUGGAGAGGCGAUUCGUAUCGUUUCAGAUUAUUUUGAGCAGCAGACCAACGCGACAACUGUCGAUGUCUUGAAUCUCAAAAGAAUGAGACAAGUUAUAGCUUCAAACCAGAGUAAGAGUCGGAAGCAGACGAAACUGACACAAUUUUUCCAGAAACAGGACUAG